GACGCACGGUGAAAGGGGGCGGGGGCGUCCCGGCGGCUGUCACGUGCCCGGGUGUGUGCGCGCGCGCGUGUCACGUGACGCGGCGGCCGCCAUGCUGUCCCGGCUGCUGAAGGAGCAUCAGGCCCGCCAGAGCGAGCGGCGCGAGCUGCAGGAGCGGCGCCGCAGGGACGCCAUCGCGGCCGCCACCCGCCUCACCGAGGCCCUGGUGGAUCACCUGAACGUGGGGGUGGCCCAGGCCUACGUGAACCAGCGCAAGCUGGACCAGGAGGUGAAGACGCUGCAGGUGCAGGCGGCGCAGUUCGCCCGCCAGACCGGCCAGUGGAUCGCCAUGGUGGAGAGCUUCAACCAGGCCCUCAAGGAGAUCGGUGACGUGGAGAACUGGGCCAGGAGCAUCGAGCUGGACAUGAGGACCAUCGCCACCGCCCUCGAGUACGUCUACAAGGGGCAGCUGCAGCCCUCCUGCUCCUGAGGGACCCCCCGGGACGCCCCCAGACCCCCCAGGACCCCCCAGACCCCCCAGUAAUUGGGGGGGGUCUCACCACGCUGCCCUUGGCACCCUCAGCACUGGGAGCGAUGGAAUAAAGGGGGGGCACAGA